AUGCCGACUCCUCUCGAUAGAGCUCUGAACUCAAAGAACACUUUCCUCGCAUUUGUUGGAAUAAUCACUGCAGUAGCAACGUGGUCAAUAUGGGGUCAAGAUAUCUUUCCGAAGGAGUCAGAUCCAACUGGUGAUCCGGAGUCCUGGACGUACGAGGAACUGCGGAGAUGGCUAGCAGCAAGAAAUUUGCAUCCAAAUUCCAAGGAUAGUGAAGCACAACUCCUCGAACGAGUCAAAGCCAACUUACGGACGCCGAGGAGUUGA